AUGUCAACCCCAACCGACAUGUCAUCACCCCCCAUCAAAACUGAGACGUCGACGCCAUCCUCGCUGUCAACACCAACCUCAACAUCCACCCCACCCACCAAACCCCCUCGGCUCAUCAACCCCCUAACAUCCCUCCCGAUCAUCCAUCCGGCCGAAGCCGAACUACUCUUCCACGCUGCCGCCAUCCGCUACGCGCGCAUCCCGCACGAAGGCCUGCGCCGCAUCUGCGCCGAUGCCGGCGUCGCUAUGAGGGCGUGUGAUCCGACGUUUGGGUUCCAGGAGUUACUGCAGGUGUGGAUGGAAAAGUUGGAGGUCGAGAAGAAGAUCUGGGAGGAGGAGAAGAGGGUGAAUAGGGAGAAGGAUCGAAGGGAGGGUGCGUGGGGGAGCGCGAGGGUUGUGUGGUUGGAUGAGCAAGAAGCCCAGCACUUCUUCCAAGCCGCAGACAUAUACUACAAGGGUCUCAAGAAGCAGGAGUACAGGUCGAUUGCAAAGGUCUGCAUGGAUGCGUUCCAGGCACUGCAGAGAGUGCGGGAUGAGGGGCCGGAGGUGCUGAGGGAGACGAUGACGGAGUGGUUGGAGAAGUUGGAGGUGGAAAGGGACAUGGUUGAGGGGGAGAGGGAGAAUAUUGAGGGAGAGGAGUAA